AUGCCACCCAAAUCCGUCGUGAGCGCGCUGCCGCCGCUGCAACCCGAGAAGUUCACCACAGCACACCACAUUGGAAACCCACCAACUGGAUUCAAGAAUCCGUGGCCAUCAUACGGGACGUCUGGCUUCGUCGGUGCUAUUCGCACUCGAUUCAAUACCCCGAAGAACUUCGUUCCUGUUCCGCAGGAUCGUGCUGGCCUACCUCAAAUUCGCAAGCCUGAUUUUGGUGCAGAGCAAGAUGGCUUGAAGGCAACCUGGAUCGGGCACGCCAGCUUCCUGGUGGAAACAAGCCGACAGGAAGGAGCUGAAAGAGGAGCGCGUAUAUUAAUAGACCCCGUUUGGAGCAACAGAGUGGGCCCCUACGGUAUGGUGGGCCCUGUACGCUUCACGCCUCCGCCAUGCGCUAUCAAUGACCUCCCGGACGUCGACGCUGUCAUCAUCAGCCACGAUCACUACGACCACCUCGAUUCAGAUUCACUCAAGAAACUCAACGCGAAACAAAACGGCGAACUGCGCUUCUUCUGUGGUCUAGGCGUCAAGGCAGUGCUAACCGGCCUCGGCGUCGGCAUCAAAGCGGACCAGGUCACGGAACUAGACUGGUGGAACGGCAUCACACUGCAGACCGAGACAGCAGGCUCCGUAGACCUCGUCUGCACGCCCGCGCAACACCGCUCCGGCCGCACACCCUGGAACUUCGACGGCACACUGUGGUGCUCAUGGGUCCUCCGCGAAGCGCAGCCAAGCGGCAAGAAGCUCUUCUUCGCUGGCGACACAGGCUACUGCCACGUCACACACGACGAGCAGUUCUCGCACCACGACGCACCGUACCCGCCGUGCCCCGCGUUCAAAGAAGUGGGUGAGCUGUACGGACCGAUUGAUCUCGCGCUCCUACCGAUCGGCUGUUUUAAACCGAGAUCGGUGCUGUCGGGGCAGCACUCGAGCCCGGAAGACUCGUUGUCGAUUCAUAAGGACGUGAGGAGUAGGAAGAGUAUUGGCAUGCACUAUGGAACGUUGAGGGGUGCGUACUCAGCGGCUUAUGAGCCUGUGCUGGAGCCGGCUGAGCGGUGGAAGAAGGGCGCAGAAGCUGAAGGAUAUACGUGGGGUAAGGAAGUAGGGUUCUCGAAACAUACCUCACAAACACCACCUCAUGCCCGUCGCAUGCCUGACGAAAUGACAAAACGAAAGCGCGGGAGUAAUGAGGAAGAUCUCGUCGAUGUCGGACUCGGUGCGACACUCGCGCAAUUGAAGGGCGAGCAGCAGCCUAAUGCGACAUCAGGUACAGUCGAGGAAGACGAAAGCUGGACCCUAGUUGGCGGCUCCAAGAGGAGGAGAAAGGAGCGUGCAGACUCCGAUAACUCUCGUGGCAGCCGCCCAGGCUCAGGCGCUGGUGUGCAAGACCCACAAGAACUUGGCGACGACGCGCCCAAAGAUACACCUCUGCCCAGGGAGGAGCGACGCAAAGAGCGCAAGCUUGAGCGAAACUACCCUGCCAUCGAGCAUUCGCACCAUGCCCGGCUGCAAUCGCACGUGAAGAUUACAGAUCUGCAGGCUUUGGUGCUGUACCUGCUUGCAGAUGGCAACGCACCUCAAUGGGUAUCUGUGCGCAGUCGCGGGAGCAUUCGCCAGGUUGUCAUGCUGAUGGUUCCCGGUUUGGAGCCAGGCAUGUUCACCGGCAAAGUUCCAUUGGAUGAUGCCACAGCUAUGGACGUAGACACGGCAGCUGCUGAUCAAGCGUCAGCCGGGACUGCUCACAACUCCCAAGAGAUCACAACGGCAGAAAACCAAAAGUCCAAAUACUUGCGUAUGGCAGACAACGAGUAUUAUCCAGCGACCCUGAAACCUAACAAGCUGCCUGCUGUGUUGAAACCACUGUCUGACAUCUUUGAGCAUGUUUGGCCGAUCAAAGCUCAGGGCGAACACCGUGGUAAUCAGUUUAUCAGGGUGCACUCGCCAAUCCAUACUAUGCUGACCUCUCAAAUCCCAAAAUCGAAAGAGGAGAAGCAGAUGAAGAAGAACGGUGGCCACAAAGGCCCCAUGCCACAAAAUUCAAAGCACUGGGAUAACAAGCGUACAAAAAUCACUGAGUAUAUUGCGACUCUUGCAGAUCAACAAGAAAACGAAUAUGUACUCCAUCCAGCUUGGUUUUUGACCCCGGAGUCAAAGGCGGCGGCAUACAAGGAGAGGCAGGCAGGCGGUCAGUCUGCGGACGACGGUUGGGUAGACACCAAUGUUGCAAGCCUGGAAGAUGGUGAAGUGCCUGAUAGCGAGAUUGAGCAAGGCAGCGUGACCGCCGGACGCCAUGUCAUUUCAAUCGAUUGCGAGAUGUGCAAAGCCGAGAACGACCAGCUGGUACUGACCCGAAUCAGUCUCCUGAACUGGGAUGGUACUGUGGCAAUGGACAAACUGGUCAAGCCCGACGUGCCCAUAAAAGACUACCUGACUCAGUGGUCAGGUAUCACACCAGCCAUGCUCGAAAACGUGACGACCACAUUGUCAGACAUACAGAAGGAGCUGCUGGAGCUGAUCACUCCGCGCACCAUCCUCGUCGGGCAUUCACUUAAUUCCGACCUCAACGCAAUGAAACUUACGCACCCGUUCAUCAUCGACACUGGCAUUCUUUUUCCUCACCCUCGCGGACCGCCAUACAAGCAAUCGCUAAAGUGGCUUGCCCAGAAAUUCCUUCACCGGGAAGUUCAGAAAGGCACCAGCGGUCAUGAUAGUGUUGAGGAUUCAAAGACAUGUCUUGACCUGGUCAAACAGAAGUGCGAAAAGGGCCCUAGGUGGGGAUCUGGCGACACAAAUGCGGAAUCUAUCUUCAAGAGACUGGGGCGCACGCCACGGCCGAAGUCGAGCGAGACUCGAGCGGGAGCCGUGAUUGAUUGGGGUGAGCCACAACGUGGGCAUGGCGGCCAGGCACAGCUUUCAAAAGGAUGCAAGACGGACGACGAUGUUGUUGAAGCUAUCGACAGCGCUCUUAAAGGAGCAAUGGAGGCCAAAGAUGGUGCCAUCUGCAAAGUAGAUUUCGUCUGGGCGCGUCUCCGUGAAUUGGAGCUCGCUCGUGGGUGGUGGGACGAUGCGAAGACUGCAGAUGUCGAGCUCAUCCGACAGAACGCCUUGCAGAGGCUAGGGCUCCUGAAGGAUGGAGAAGACGAAGUUGAAGUCAACGGCCCUGAGCUCGGCGAUGCCGUUGCGAAAACCGUCAAUCACAUCACACAGAUUUACGAGUCAUUACCACGCUGCACAGCACUCAUUGUGUAUAGUGGUACAGGCGACCCAAGAGAAAUCCGACGUUUGCAAGCGAUGCAGCAGCAGUACCGUCGCGAGUACGCCACGAAGAAUUGGGAUAAUUUGACCGUCAAGUGGACGGACACCGAGGUGCAGGCCCUAUCACAAGCCUGCCAGGAUGCUCGCAACGGUGUUGGGUUUAUUGUCGUCAAAUAA